AUGUCUGACAUAAAUGUUUUUCACAUGUUUCAUUUACUUGAACCCGAAGAGCUCUCUUUAUUUUGCAAUCCUAUCUAUCCAUUAUAUUUGACCGCAGAUCAAAUAUUAGAUCCUCUCCUAAGAAUGUAUGUUUCAUGCGAUACAGCCCCUCACCCUCAUAACGGAUAUACAUUGUAUCAAAGGGACUUUUCGGCAAGAAAGAAUACACCAUUCGAAGUUAAUAUUAGUUGGACAAAUCAAUCCGAUGAAGUUAAAAGUUUAUUUAAAGAAAUCGCUCGCGUUUAUAAAAGAAUACACAAAUUCUUUUUCAAUAAUCAUGAAAGUUCGAAUGUUGAACCAAAAAGUUAUAGACCGAUAUUACCCAAACCCACACCACCGAUGGAUUUGGUUGAAUUUCAAGACCCGACUCAUUUCGAAUACGUAGACCCGGCUAAUUUCGAAUACGUAGGCCCAACUAAUUUCGAAUACGUAUACCCGACUCAGUUUGUAUCCGGGUACGUGGGUCAGAUUAAUUUUGAUCCCGGAUACCUGGACCCGACGCAAUUUUAUGUUGACAUGGAACAUUUGGAUUUGGAAAAUUCAGAUGUCAACAAUUGCUAG